UCCGUUUCUUUGUUUCAUUCUCUCCACUACAUCGCUCGGUCGGCACCGCCGGCGCCGUACCCUUCCAAAGCUCGCAAUCCACUCCUCGUGUCAUCUCUUUGACUCCAUAUCUCAUCCUCAUCUUUCAACUUCGAUCCCCCUUCGCCUCUUCUUCGUCGCCCUAAACCGCUUCCUUCUGCCCCUGGUAGCCAAUGGACGGCACGGUCUACCUCGUCCCUUACCGAUGGUGGAGGGCGGCGCGAGCGUCCGAUCGGGAAUCGGCCGACGGGGCGGAGGGGACCCCGUACGCAGCGGCGCCCGCCGCGUCUUCCUCGGCCGCCUCCGUUGGAUCCGAUCUCGUCUUCGACCUUCAGCGUCGCGACGACGGCGAGUUGAACCGGGGUGUUGCGGAGGGCGAGGGGGGUUCCGGCCGCUGCUACGCUUUGAUCCGGGGCGAUAUGUGGUCGUUGGCCAUCCGAUGGCACAAUGAACCCAGCUCGAAAAUGGAGAACAGUGGAACCUCGUCCUUGUCAGAAGAUGCUGCAGAUGAUGUCUAUCCUGUGAUGCUCAGGAUUUCUGCUGUCCAGGGAACAAAUGUUUUGACUGUAAAGAUCUGCACGAAGGACAACAAUAAUGAGAAUUACAACACGGCGUGCAAGCUGUUCCCUGUUGAUUCUGAAGUGGUCUAUAUUUGGGAUUUUUCUGGACAAAUAAAUUUUAUCAUAAUGAAUGGGUGGAAUGGGAUGCUUCAGGAUGGACGACACCAAUUAGAAAAUGAGAUUCUUCUAGAGAUUCAAAUAUAUGCCUCAUCGGGAUCUGUGGCUCAUAAUCAUGAAAGCAAAAAGGAUAGGCCAACUGUUCAAAAUUCAAAGAUGAUAGGAUCUUCUCAUGGUGUUUUAUUUAUGAGCAAUGGAAGCCUAGAAAGUAUGGACUUUGAUGUUCAGUUAAGUGGAAGCUCCAUCAGAUCAAAUUCUACAGGUCUGACAGGAUUGGACAAUCUUGGGAAUACAUGCUUUAUGAACAGUGCUAUCCAGUGCUUAGCUCACACACCAAAGCUUGUUCGCUAUUUCCUUGGAGACUACAGUAAAGAAAUAAAUCAUCACAACCCACUAGGGCUGCAUGGUGAGCUUGCUUCAGCAUUUGGACAACUGCUGAGGAAGCUGUGGGCUCCAGAAAACACACCGAUUGCUCCACAUGUUUUCAAAGCAAAGCUUGCUUCUUUUGCCCCACAAUUCUAUGGAUUUAGCCAACAUGAUUGUCAAGAACUUCUAGCCUUUCUGUUAGAUGGGCUUCACGAAGAUCUGAACCGUAUAAAAAACAAACCUUAUUUUGAAAUUAAGGAUGCAUCUGGACGUCCGGAUGAAGAAGUAGCAGAUGAGUACUGGAGUAAUCAUUUUGCUCGUAAUGACUCCAUUAUAGUGGACCUUUGUCAUGGUCAGUACAGAUCAACUUUGGUAUGUCCAGUUUGCAAUAAAUCAUCAGUUACAUUUGACCCAUUCAUGUAUUUAUCUUUGCCCCUUCCGUCUACAACAGUGCGGACAAUGACUGUUACCGUCUUCAGUACUGAUGGUCUCAGCAGGCCAUCUUCAUAUACUGUAAAUGUGCCAAAAUCCGGUAACUGCAAGGAUUUAGUUCAAGCUUUAAGCAUUGCUUGUUCACUGAAGCAUGAUGAGAGCUUGUUAGUUGCUGAGGUUUUCUGCAAUCAAGUUAUUCGAUUCCUUGAGGACCCUUCUGAUUCACUUUCCUUGAUUAGAGAUGGAGAUCAGCUUGCAGCAUACAGGCUUUCAAAAGAUCCUGAAGAUCUUCCACUGAUUGUGUUUAUGCAUCAAAGCAUGGAUGAGCAAUAUUUCAAUAGCUCGACAGAUAAACGUUGGAAGUCAUUUGGCGUCCCCCUUAUCGCUAGGCUACCAAAUGCUAGCACAGGAUCCACUAUCGUUGACCUGUUCUUGAAGCUCCUUAAUCCAUUUCUCAUUCCAAAAGAAUCUUCUUUCGACAUUGAGCAAGAUAGCAGUAAUUCUAUUAAUGAGAUUGCUAAGAUAGACGAGGACUCCCAUCUCCUGGAUUUUGAAAGGACAGAAGAAGGAAAAUACUUCCAUGAUGGAUUUCAGUUUUAUCUCACGGAUGAGAACUGUCAGGCGAUGCUUUCAAAGAUAGAAAUGGAUGAUUCAAUUUCCCUCACAGGUUAUCAGCGAAAGCUGUAUGUGCUUGUCUGUUGGCAUGAGAAAACAAUGGGACAGUAUGAUAUAGACCUUCUGAAUACCUUAACUGAGGUUUAUAAGUUUGGACUUUUUGCUAAGCGGCCUCAGGAGUCUGUCUCCCUCUAUUCGUGUCUUGAAGCAUUUCUGAAGGAGGAACCACUCGGACCAGAAGAUAUGUGGUAUUGUCCAAGUUGCAAAAAACAUCAGCAAGCUUGUAAGAAGUUGGACCUUUGGAGGCUGCCAGAGGUUCUCAUUAUUCAUCUAAAGAGAUUUUCAUAUAGUAGGUUCAUUAAUAACAAGCUGGAGAUGUUUGUAGACUUCCCAAUCUGUGACCUGGAUUUAUCAAGCUAUAUUGCCUGCAAGUCCAGAGGGUCAUCCGUUUAUCGAUUAUAUGCAGUCAGCAACCACUAUGGCAACAUGGGAGGUGGUCACUACACUGCAUAUAUUUAUCAUGAAGGUGAGAGGUGUUGGUACGAUUUUGAUGAUCAGCAUGUUCUUCCUAUAUCUGAGGACAUCAUAAAGUCAUCUGCUGCAUAUGUGCUCUUCUACCAGAGGGUCCAAACCAGCAGCUCAGAUGCCUAAGCUAUAUUUGCGUAAUUUUACUGGCCUUGAGUUGGCUGCUCUGGAGAAUGGACAUUGUGAAACCAGACGAGGCAUAUCCCACACAAGAAGCAUGUCUUUUGUUGGCAUGCCUACUCAGGUCCAUCAUCAGGGAAGCUGAAGGAGCAUGCUUGGAGAAAGGGACUGGUAAAGCCUCAAUAGCAAGAUAUAUGAUAUGAAGGGCAGCAAUAUUCUGUAAAGCGUCAUGUGGUUUGCAAGUAAUUCGAAGUGCACAUAUUGCUGCCAUCAUUGACCGCCAGUUUGAGAAAAAUAUCCUUCAUCCCACAUAUUUCAGGGGAAGGCUCAUUUUGUACUUUUCCUGAUGCAUAUCAAAUGGAGUUUUGGUUAUUCCUGAUUUGAUUCCCUUAAAUAUGGUUUCAAAGAUGCCAGUGUGUUCAGGCUUUUGGCAAAUUCUGUUUGGAUUUGAUCGUAUCAAUGUAAAGCUAGAUUCUUGUGCUCAUGAAAAAGAAAAGGAAGAUAUCUAAUGUUAGUAAUGUUUUAAGGGCUUUGGCCUGCUGAAGUAAUAAUAGCUAUCAUUCCAA